CGUAUGGGAGUACUGUAGUGUUACUCGUCACUGCAUAUUCGUUAGCUGGGUGAUGUUUCUUCCCCCCCCCUCCUUGAAGAACUUUAUAGGGAAAUUGAAUAAUGAAACUAGCACCCAGAAGGAGUUACGGCCUUUGCCUGACCACAGUGAGAAUAAUAAGUUUCUUCUUUGGAAGCUUUCUGGUGUCUAAAGUAUCCGAAGGGUGAGCACUUGAGAUGCAGCACAUUUUUUAUUUUUAAGCUUCAGCUUUACAAUUUUGUGACAGAAUGGCUGCACCACCGUAUGCAAGUGGUGGACUAACAGCUCCGUCAAGCACACUUGCUUCAGCACCUGGUUUUGCAGGCUUCUCAGUUCCAUCAUUGCAGAUGGCUGUGUGGGAAUGGAUGGAUGAUAUUGCGUGCUGGAGACCUUACAGUGGUAGAGUAAGUAGUUUCAUAGAGAACUACAUUCAGAAUCACAGAGUGCAUCAAGGAGGAAUGCCUGCAGCAUUAUCUAAUGGAGUUCCUGUACCAGGAAACAGUAUUUCUUUGGGGCAGGCAGACCCAAGCUUAGCUCCGUACAUCAUUGAUGUUACCAACAUGGUUCAGUUUCGACAAGAUACAGGAACUAUACGUCGUGUUCGAAGAGGACUGUUUCCUCAAUCACCUGCCUUGUUGAAGGGAGUCCUGUGGGAAUGGAUGAAUAAUGAUGGAAACUGGACUCCAUAUCAAAUAGAAAUCUGUUUUUUUCUUGAGAACUCGUACCAGAAUAGGAGUCAGAAUGCUGAUCUGAUAGUCUUUAACCUUCCCUAUAUUGUUGAUUUAACCACCUUUUUCCAGACCAAUAAGAAUACACAUUUCCGAAGACAGAUUCAGAGAAGAACUGAUGGCACUUACCCCCUUACUUCCUCAAAUGCUUGCUCCUGUCAACAUUGUCAGAGUAGCAGUGGAACUGGCCCUAUCCUUACACGUGGGCGCCACUUGAGCCAUGUUUCCAAUAGUGGCCAGACAGCCUUGGCAUCCACUGGGUCCCACAGGUCAUCUGUAAUAGUCCCUUAUAACUCAAACUUGCCUUACCUCAGAAGGGCCACUUCUUUUGGAGCUGGUCAGAGUUCUGGUGGUGCCUGGGGUGUUGCUCAUUCUGCGUCUACAGGUAGCUCAGCCUCAGUGCCUGCGAUAUCCAAUGGAACCAGCAGCAUCCUGUCCUUGUCACUUCCAAGUCCAGGUCCUGUCAGCUCAGCUCUCGCAGAUAUGACGGCUAUGUUGAUGUCAGCUGCUGGAUUCCCAGUGCGUUGUUCUCAUGCACAGAAACUUGCUAGCACACCUGCUUCCAGUAAAAAAAAACACGCUUCACUUAAGAAAUCGACGAAAAUGUCCAAAAAAGUUGCAGGGAAGGAGGUAGAGGAUGUGGUAAGGAAGCAUGUGGAGAAGAUCGAGAAUCCACCAUCUGAGGACUGCAUGAUCUGCAUGGAGAAACUGAAUAGUCCUUCUGGGUAUGAUGGAGUGUCUGAGAGCAAAUCCUUCCAGUCAAGUGAAGUUGGGAAGCUGAUGAAAUGUAGCCAUGUUUUCCAUCUGCUCUGUGUACGGGCUAUGUACGACAGUGGAAACAAGGACGGUAGUCUUCAGUGUCCUUCUUGCAAAACUAUCUAUGGAGAGAAAACAGGGACACAGCCAAGUGGUCAAAUGGAUGUUUAUUCACUCCCACAGUCCUUGCCAGGUCAUAGUGAUUGCGGCACUCUACAGAUCAUUUAUAACAUUCCUCCAGGAGUUCAGGGUCCAGAACACCCUAAUCCAGGGCUUCCAUAUUCUGCACGAGGAUUUCCACGGAUAUGUUUUCUUCCAGAUAAUAACAAGGGUAGAAAGGUUUUACAGCUUUUGAAAGUGGCUUGGAAUCGGCGUCUGAUUUUUACAGUUGGCACCUCCACUACAACUGGCGAAACAAACACUGUGGUGUGGAAUGAGAUUCAUCACAAGACAGAAAUGGGAUCUAAUAUUUCAGGCCAUGGCUAUCCUGAUCCUAACUAUCUGGACAAUGUGCUUGGUGAAUUAGCAGCACAAGGUGUUACAGAAUACUGUCUAACUCAGGACCCAUGACUUGCUUUGUGCAAGCAGAAGAACUUGAAAUCUUUUUCUAUAAAGCUGUACCACAGCUGUUGAAUGUGCAGUUAUUUUUGCCUUAAUCAUUUUAAAUGGAGCUAAAUAGCCUUGUUGCACUUUUGGAACAGUUCCACGGACUGUUGUGACAAGAUCCUAAAUGAUUUGCUCAUGAUUGAGCAUUUAAAGCACUUUUUUCCUGAAUUGUCUCUGGACUGUGUAAUCUUUUGAAGUUAUGCAUUCUUGAUACCGAAUUAUAGUGGAAUUAUAUUAAGUACUCUUCUCCAAAAGUUGAAUUAUAGUAAAUAAUUCUUUGCUAAAAAAGGGUUCUUAAAAAGUGCCAAGUCUUGUAUUUUGAAUUGGUCCUUAAGACUGAGAUUCCAAUCUUGAGGAAAGUAGCAAUUUUCAGAAGGUUGAAGCUGUUCGAGGCUCAACAUGUUUACCGGUAAUUUUUGAGUUUUUGUGAAGAUGAGAUCUCAACAUACAUGAUUUGCAGGGGUGAUCUGUUCUACUUACUGCAUUUGCCUUUUAUUUGAAAGCUAAUUCCACAUCUUUCCACUAAUGUUUAUGUAAAUCUGCCCUUCACUGACUAUACUCAUAUUUCGUCAGUUACUUAAAUUUGAGAUGUAUUUAUGGUUAUGCCCCCACCACAGGCAUUCAAGAGAGAAAGCAAAUUGAUGGAAUAAUUCACUGCCACAUUUUAUAGUAUUAUUUUUCGAGGCUGACAUUAAGACCUGUCCUUGAUUGGUUUCAGUGUUUGAUUUCAUGCUUUCCUUCAAUUAGAACUUGGCUUUUUUUUUUUUCCUUUUCAAAUGUUCACACUCUUAGGAAUGGUUCUGCAAGUGUGGUUACACUGGUAGUGCUAUAAAGCAUCAGUUGCCCAAGUGCAGUUAUUCCUGCCCUUCUUUUUUUGCCACUUACACAGUUUGAAUAUUGAUCCUUGACCUUGUCUUUAGAGGUUUAUUUGCACACUGUUUUUGUUCACAAGUGCUUUGCAGAUUUUGGCACCUCUAAAUAAUUCUGUACCGUAUAAUGGAAGAAAGCUCUUUAUGUAACUGAAUGCCAAAGAUUUUUCGCUGCUGUCUUUGGUUCAAAGCAAUGGAUGAGGGGAAAAAUAGUGCAUGCUAUCUACCUGGACCUGGCUAAAGCAUUUUGUACAGUAAUGCAUUCAAGUAUAGUUGACAAACUCACCGAACUGGGCAUAAACCUCUACAUAACUCCCUGGAUUAUUAGCUGGCUUACAGGACCCAGGAAGACAGGUUUUGUGAUUACUGCCUCUUCUAAGAGAACACUCACAAGGAGAGUACCUCAGGGCUCCAUGGUGGGACUGCUCCUAUUUGUCAUGUACUUCUUGGAGGUAAAGGUAAUGUCAACCUUUGGCUGACCAAGUUCACAGAUGACUACAAAUUGGGAGCUAUCAUUACAUUGGGAGCCCCAUUACGCAAACAUCUUACAGGAGAGUCUAGCAAAGACAAAUGACUGGUGCCAAGGUCACAGACAAGAACUCGCAGACUAAAACUCAAUGCCACCCAGGCUAAUUAUUCCAUCAGUAAGACACCCCUAAAUGUUGACCCAGUAGUCUGGGAUCUGGGAACAUAUAUAGACAGUAAUCUGGCCUUCGACCAUCAUGUGACAAAGGUAGAAGAAAAUAAUUCUAUUUUGCCCAGCUAAGGGUAUGACAUCCAGGUCCAAGUAAGUCAUAGUGCCACUUUAUUUGACCUUUGACAGACCGGUCAUUGAAAAUGAUGUCCUUUUGGAAUGUAACUGGCCAGACAUGUACUGUAGUGGGAACACCCACAAAGGUUUCUUACUUGGAUAAUCCAGGAUGUAAACACAUUGUCCUGUACAGAUCACUUUAAAACCAUAUCUCUAUAUACUGUCUCCUACAGGUUACUGAGAGAUGGUCUGUGCCUGGCAUACAAGGCAUCCUCUGAUCCAGCUCUGAUGGACCUUUUGCUCAUUGGCUGAAUGAACAGCAUUAGAACCACUACAUCCAAGGAAUUACAUUUUGCUUGUGACAUAAAUAAGACGUUGGCAAGACAGACGUGUAUCUCAGGGGCUCCCCAUCCAACUGAAGCAGAGUCCAUCGUUAAUACUAUAUAAAUAACCAUGAACAAUGGAUGGGCAAUUGGAAAUUCACUCCCAGGUCUGGCCCCCAUAUCUCUGAUAGACGAGGCAGACAGUAAUGCCCAAAUUAACAUAUCCCCCAUAACCUCUGGAAAUUUUCUAAUUAACAUAACUCCUCCUAAUAACUGGCUAUGAUACAUAAGGACACAAUUUGGUUGAAUUCCACAGCUAGGCUUAUAAAGGCUCUGGUGGUCGUUAGCUUAGUAUAUACUCAUGAAUCUAUGGAGGACUGUUGAAUGCAUGUUUUUCUUAGUCUCUGCCUUUAGUAGCCUGCUGGUGCUGACAGGGAUGAAAAACAUUUCUGGUUAAUGAGGAUUGAAACCUGUUCUAUUCUGCAUCAUAAACAUUGGAUCUGAAGUCCAGAAGAGGCAUGCCUCUGGCUCCUACCUGUCUUUGCCUAUCCCCUGAUUCAUCAUCUUGUGCCUGAAGCUGUCUAGCUUAAUCUUAGGGACAUCAUCAGGUCAUGAAGUGGUAGUUGGGGCUGAAAUCUCUUGUCUUCCCUUGGAGCUUACUUCCCAUAUACAGCUCUGUCCCUGAAGUCCCAGUAGUGUGUGUCCAUACUAAUUGAGAAGGGGCAGUUAGGUGACCUUGUAGCAAGGUCCAUAACUAAGGCACAAAAUAGUAAGCGGUUGCAUGAUGGAGCAGAUAGCAAAUGGUUGUUUUUAAGUAGGAUGGGAAUUUGAAUUUAUAUGUGUAGUAUUUGUGAUGGUACCAGGCUGUCUGCAAGGUAUCUUCCAUUCACAUUCAGGCUUCAAUUUAUUUGACGUCCAGCUUUUUGUUUUACAUGCUUGGCUGAUCCUUUGCGCAAUCUCUUGUUUGGAGAUGCAGGAAUUUGUGUGGCAUUUCCCGCUGAGCUUCUCACUGAAGCCCUUUCCUUAAGAGACUCCUGUUUGAGAUGGUCCAGGACAGUGAUCCUAUUACCACUGUACCACCCCACUGGCUUAGAUUCCUUACGGUUUUACCUUGCUUUGGCCUCCAUUCCUUUGCCUUUCAGAUUUCUCCCACUGUUGAGAGCGAUCAGACUUCCUAGUUAUUCUUCCCCUGUUCACACUUCAAAAAAAUACUGUUUUGUAAGACUGGAGGCACUUUCAUUGUGCUACAGUAACCCUAAAAAAGGCUGGUAUCUGGUAUAGGCCCCAACUAAUUUGUAGUGAUUUAUUGUGCAAUUACUCUGUUGCUUGACUCCUGUGUGGUCCCAUUGACCUCUACUCAUUUCAUCCAUACUGCCUGACAUGGAGUCUUCAGCUUUGGACAGGUGUUUGGACUUUGUGCCUUCAGGUGUGUAUCUCAUCUGUCUUUGUUUCAGUCCUACUUGGUGAACUUGAUAGUGGGAAAAGUUUACAACCUCCUGACUUAUGAGCUGAAAGAGAAUCACUUUCAGAGAGUCUGCAGGAGCUCAAGUGGUCCCCCAUUUAACCCUCUGUCAUUUUUUUUUUAUUGCUAAUUCGCUGUGGCUGGAGGUUGCCGGCUUGAGUGUGUGCCUGCACAGAAUGACUUUGCUGAUUUCUUCAUUCAAGGACUGGCUCAGCUGCUGGAUUUUCUGCCCACUCUUUGGUCAUUAUCCAUUUAGGCCUUUUUUUUCUGAGCUUCUGCUCAGCUUUUGGCUUCAUACCCUACCCUUUGAGUAGGGGUCAUUGAGUCUUGGUUUGACUAUAUGGCUGAGAAAUUCAGCUUGGAAGCCUUGGUUUGAAUGCAUUUAUAUAUUUUCUUCAUGGUGUAGUGGCAUGCCUAAGGAUAUAGGUAUUCUGUACUUUGAAGUUGCUAAUGUAAUCCUGUCAUGUGUUUUGGAACUUUUCUUGAUUUCAGUUCAUUUUUGUGGUUUCUGGAUUGAUAGGCUUUCUCCUUCAUUAGUCCUUGUUGUCCAUGAGUAACUCACCUACACUUGCUUUCAGUUCUGGAAUAUUAGAUAGCUUCCCACUGGGGGAAUUGUUUUUUGGUCCAUUUAGGUUAACUGUAUGUCUUCUAACCCUUUUUGUGGCCAUUCCCCUUUGUUAAUUCAACCCUAGGUGGCAGGAGACUAUACUUCCUUACAUGGAGGGGAUGCUUAAUCUGUCAUAGAUACAGGCUUUGAUCUUUCACAAUUUCUCAUUCCUCAUUCCUGUAGUUAAUAAAGGGAUGGCUGUCCAUCUGAACUUCACCAGCUCUGCCGUGGAGCUUUGGUUUCAAAGGCUGUGUCUGGACCAAAGAUCCACAGGUGGGAGCUUACAGAGACUAUCCCUUAUUUGACCAGAGAAAUAAUUUCUCUCCAUUUCCUGUUGAUGCACCUGACUGAGAAGGGGGUCAGGUAGCUGUGUCCUGCCUUCUGUUGUUAUAAGGCAUUCUACUUGUUUUCUUGUUGCUGGUAGUGUUUACAUGUGUUAUUGUGCACUGCACUGGAGGAGCUUAUUGUGGGUACCCUUCACUGGCAAAGUUGUUUGUAGAUUCAAGCAUUUUCCCCUUUGGUUGUACAGACCCUCCCCCCACGUGUUAACCUGUUUUGUCCCUCAUAUUUUAACUGACCAGCAGAUGUACUUCAGAGAAUUAUCUGGAUGCUAUUUCUUCUGAACUCAUGGAGUUAAGGACGCAAGGGUGUUGGGAAGCUUUUCAUAUCUUUAGCUAUAACCAGUUCUUUUACCUUUUCAGUCUGUUUAGACUGCCCCAACUUGAUGUAAAGGACAACCUUUCCAUCCAGUAUUGACUUUUAGAGUUGUUUGUUAAAAAAGACAGGCAAGUAUCUGCUAUCAUAUUCCUUGUUGGCAGUGGGGCAUCCAGUAUCCUCUGCAGUUUGCUCACUGACAGGAAGGUGCUUGCUAGUGACUAUAAUCAAACUGUUAGGUGUGAGGGGAAAGGCCAUAAUUGUCACCAUCUUAUGCCACAGUGUGUGCCAUCGCAGACAUGCAGCUCUCUUUACAUAUGGGAACUUGAAGCACUGAAUUCUGAUUGGUAGAAAGGAUGAACUCAGCCAUAGCACCGACCAAGGAAGGGUCACCUCAUUGAUCAGGAUGUAGUUAAAAUGCAUGCGUUACCUAACUGGCCUGUAGACCUCAAACAUAUAAAUAACUUGUCCUUUAAAGACCAGGUGACCUCCUUCACCAACUAGAAUUGACUCAUUUAAUUUCAGUGAGGUUUGAGAAAAAGCUACAGUCUGGUAGCAUAUGCAACACAGUUUAUUCAGUCAUUGUAAAGAUUUGUUUUUGUAGAUAAGUAUUGCCCUUGUCUCAGGACUACAUAUUUUAUUUUCUAUUUUCGACAGUUUAGAAGGAAAUAUAAACAUAUUUUUGCACUAUAUAACUUAAAUUAUUUUCAAUGUUUUUGACUGAAGCUGUAACUACUGUUAAAGCUUUGUAAUUUUUCUUUCAUUUUUUUUCUUGGUGGUGGUGGUAGUUUUGACCAUUUUCUAAGUUUUAUGAUGUGCUUUUCUCCUUGACUUUUAUGCUAAGAGAGUAGUCGCAUAAUAUCGAUCAAGUGUAGCUUUUAGUCAUUGUGCUUUUCUAUCAUUUGCACUGCUUUUGUACUGUCAUUUUUGUAUUUUAAACACUUUUUUUCAAACUGGAUGUGUUUUUGCUCUAAGCCAGUGACUAAAAAUGGUGAGACCUGUAAGAUGUUUUUGUUUCUGUUUUAAUGAAAACUAAAUUAAUUGAUUCUCCAGAUACUGGAA